CUCCUUUUCAAAGUAGUUGAGCACCCACCACCUCUCACUCUCCUCUUCCUCACUCACUCACCUGUGAGAAACAUCAGAGAAAACCUAACUAAAAAAAUCUAAGAAUUAAUGGCUCUUCAGGCUGCUUCUGUGGUUUCUUCUGCUUUCUCUGUCCCCAAAGAGGGAAAGUCAGGUGCUUCUUUCAAGGAUUCGAGUCUGUUCGGAGUAUCUUUCUCGGAAAAUCUCAAGGCGGAGUUCAGCUCUGUUGCAUUAAGCUGCAAGAGAGAAUUCAAGGCAGUGAGAGCCCAGACAACAGCAACAGAAAGCUCAGCAAUCAAUAAGGGAACAUCAGAGGGGAAGAAGACUCUAAGAAAGGGCAGUGUGAUUGUCACCGGUGCCUCCUCCGGACUCGGUCUAGCAACGGCCAAGUCUUUAGCCGAAUCCGGAAAAUGGCAUGUAAUUAUGGCCUGCAGGGAUUUCCUCAAGACUGAAAGAGCUGCCAAGGCAGCUGGCAUGCCCAAGGAAAAUUACACCAUUAUGCAUCUAGACCUCGCUUCGCUCGACAGCGUGCGCCAAUUUGUUGAUAACUUCAGGCGUUCUGAGAGGCCUCUUGAUGUGCUUGUGUGUAAUGCUGCUGUUUAUCAGCCAACCGCUAAAGAACCUUCAUUCACUGCUGAGGGAUUCGAACUCAGUGUUGGGACUAACCAUCUCGGACACUUCCUUCUUUCGCGGUUGCUGCUGGAAGAUUUGAACAAAUCCGACUACCCAUCAAAGAGACUCAUCAUUGUUGGCUCAAUUACAGGGAACACGAACACCUUAGCCGGAAAUGUACCUCCAAGGGCCAACCUCGGGGACUUGAGGGGACUUGCAGGAGGCUUAAACGGUCUAAACAGCUCAGCCAUGAUCGACGGUGGAGACUUUGACGGUGCCAAGGCCUACAAGGACAGCAAAGUCUGCAACAUGCUCACAAUGCAAGAGUUCCACAGGCGCUAUCAUGAGGAAACCGGGAUAACAUUUGCUUCCCUUUACCCAGGCUGCAUUGCCACGACCGGUUUGUUCAGGGAGCACAUUCCCUUGUUCAGGCUUCUCUUCCCUCCAUUCCAAAAGUACAUCACCAAGGGCUACGUCUCAGAAGAUGAAGCCGGAAAGAGACUUGCUCAGGUUGUGAGCGACCCAAGCUUGACAAAGUCGGGAGUCUACUGGAGCUGGAACAAGAAUUCGGCUUCCUUCGAGAACCAACUGUCCCAAGAAGCUAGUGACGUGGAGAAGGCUCGCAAGGUGUGGGAAGUCAGUGAGAAGCUUGUGGGUUUGGCCUAAGUAUAGAAGCUUGAUGUUCUUGUCGACCAGCAUUUUGCCUCGGAGGAGGAGGAUGUCGCCCGAGAUCAGGUCCAUUUGUGGAGUGCAGAAUUUGAAAUUAAAGCUGUACUGUCAUAGACAAUUUUCUCAUGUGGAUGAAUAGUGUUAAUAACAAAUGAGAAUAAAAGCACUCACCUCUGUUGCAAAAUGCA